AUGAGGCGUGGCCAUCGACCUGAUGUCGGUGCGUGCAGUUUCCUGGUCGAAGACAUUCGCACAGUCGCCGCGAACGCUCCAACGGCGAAGCGGCCGCUUGUGCGCAGGGACCCAAACCACAUCACCACAUCUCAGGAGGUGUGUGCCCUUGCCGCUGCCAUUGCAGUGGCCUCACAGGUGGUUUGCCACGCUCACGAAGGAGCUGAGAGCCGUGCCUUCGCAGGCAGCUGGUGUGAGUUUUUUCGGCCGUUCACAUCCGGACAAGUUCAUCCUCUGUUACUUAGCCCCGAACUCCAAGCGCUGUUGCACUUCCGCCUGAAUCCGUGCCUGCUGCUACGAGUGUGCAAGUCUUUUUUUGAGCCCAGCAGCGCGGAGACGGUGUAG